GGAUGUUCCUUGAAGAUGGUGAAUCAGUCUGUACAGACAUUUCCAACAGAGUCAACAACCACCUCAUCCCAAACAGAAGCCUACUGCGAUACAGAUACUCUGACCUCCAUUCUAAAAAAAUAUUGAAAACGCACUAUCUAUCUCCAAACUCUCUGAACCAUCUACCGUCACACAGCAACCACAGCCUCUCCAGCCAUACACACAACAAUUGCCAACUGUUCUCCAGUCGCAGCCUCUCCAGUGCCAGCCUCUCCAGUCGCAGC